GCCAAGUUUCCGCGAACGCCUUGGCAAAUCAUCAUACAGUCUAUUAUCCAACCCAGCCACUCCUAAAUCCCAAUGACGGCCGCUCCGGAUCCUGCACCGUUGAAAGUGCUCAUUGUGGGAGGAGGAAUUGGCGGCCUCACUGCUGCAACAGCUCUCAGGCAAGAGGGACAUGAAGUCACGGUAUUUGAAAGAUCCAAAUUGGACAAUGAGGCCGGCGCCGCUAUUCAUUUGGGGUCCAACUGUAAUGGUCUUCUCCGCCGCCUUGGGCUUUUUGCAGAGGACAUUGGAGGAAAUCCUACGCUCGGGAUUGUACAGUACACUGCAGCAGGCAACUUGACAUUCAACCUUGAUCUUCGAAAGCCAAAUUUGCUCUGGAAACACUCAUGGCUUCUGGUCCAUCGUGCUCAUCUCCACAAAGCGCUGUAUAGAUUCGCCGCCGAUCCUGCCGGAAAGGGAAAUCCGGCUGAAAUGAAGAUAUCGAGUUGUGUGGCAAGCGUCAAUGCCGAGGUUUCCACCAUCACCCUCGAGAACGGUGAUGUAUUCAAAGGAGAUGUGGUCAUUGGAGCGGAUGGCGUUCAUUCCAUAACCAGAAAGCAGGUAUCCAAGACAGCAAAACCUUUUGGUUCCGGAAGAAGUGCGUUCAGGUUCCUGAUCCCGAAAGAGGAGAUACUGGCCGAUCCCGAAACAAGAGACGCGGUUGAUGGCGACGGUCGUAUGGUGAUGUGGAUGGGAAACGAUAGAAGGCUCGUCAUGUACCCUUGCUCCAACAACACGCUUCUCAAUUUUGUCGCAAUCCACCCAAGCAAGGAAUCUGACAUGCCUGGUGACGGUUGGAGUACAGGUGGCAAUAAAGCAAGACUCCUUGAAGCGUAUAAAGAGUUUUGUCCCAUCGUGCGUGCUCUACUGUCGAAGGUCAACGCCGAAACUCUGAGCGUUUGGACGCUCCUUGACAUGGACGUUUUACGUUCUUGGACGGUGGGCAAACUGGCUCUGAUGGGGGAUGCAGCGCAUCCUUUCCUGCCGCACCAGGGUCAAGGUGGAGGAAUGGCAAUCGAAGAUGCUGUAUCGCUAGGUGUCCUGUUGGGCAAAGGAACACGUAAAGAGGAAGUCAAAGAAAGAUUACGCCUAUACGAGGUAUGUAGGAUGGAGCGCGCUCAUCGCAUUCAAGAAUAUACGAGACUGUCUGGUCGUGAUCUCGAGGAAGCUAAGAAAGACGGAAAAGAACUCAACAUGAUGGAAUAUCAGAGCUAUUGUUUCGGCCACGAUGAAUACGACCACACGAUUCAGAUGCUCAGGAAAUCAAACUGGACCAAAACGCCAGAUAGGUUCUGGAGAAUGCCCGUUGCCUUUGGUUCGAUGCCCGGCCCUAGGCAAGACAGUUUCGGGCUUCCGCAUGACGGCUUGCAGUCUACCUUUGUGACUGCCUCGAUCAAAUUCAGAACAUCUAGAACCUUGCUCCAGAACUUCUUCCCCUCCCCAGCCUUCAGCUUCAGCUCUCCUGGAACAGUUGCCACUGCUUCGAUCCGAAUGACCACUUUGGGGAAUAUGAGUUGGCUCGGUGGGGGUGGGUACAACUUCUCAGGUCUAUUUGUUCAUGGCGUCCAGUAUACCAAGAGAGAUGCCUCAGUACUUCGGGGCUCUUAUUGUGUUGUCGUCUUUGAAGACCUUGCUGAUGCGAUCCUGUCCGGCCGAGAGGAGUUGGGGAUGUCAAAGCUUGGUGCUUCCAUUCAAGUGCAUCAAAAAGAAGGCGAAUACGCGGCCGGCAUCGACUGGCGAGGAGUGCAGUUUGCGAGGAUGCGCUUGGAAGGGCUCCAUCUGCCUAACUCGACUUCAUCAAUGUCGGCCGCCGACAAGGCACCGGCGAUGAACGAUAAGCUUGGAGAGGCCGAGGAGGGAACUUUCUGCUACCGAUAUAUUCCUGCAGUCGGCCGACCGGGAACGGCGGAUGCAGAGUAUGCCGUAUUUAUUCCGUCAGAAGGUGCAUCACAGACCCCCAAUGUCAUACGGACGAUGUUAGCCAGAAAGGGGGACUUGGCUUUUGAGGCAAGGGAUCGCCAGGCACUGCCGACGUUGCAUCAUAUUACAGCGAGGUUGGCAGAGAUACCUGUGUAUGAGGUUGUCGAGGCUCGAAUUGAUGAAGGAACGGGGGUUGAGGACCUUUCACAAGCUUUUAGGAUUGAGUGAUAAUUAAGAUUGCGUGAGAAGAAUGAACAAGGUAGCAUCAAGUGAUUAGGAAAAUUCAAACAGUACCGUCUGGGUCAAAUCAACUGGGGGGGAUCGGCAUGUCAUAACGGAGUUCGCUGAAUCAAGUCAUUAGGUUUUAA